UCUCUGACAUCCAUACAAAUACUAAACGAACCAGCACCCCGAGCAGAAAAAAAUAAAUUAUUUCAGCAUGGCUGCAGAGGGGAUUUGGCAGAACAUCACUGCCCUUUUCUCCGGCCUAAUGAUUCACGGCGAUUCGAAAAUUUCUUCCGGCUUAUCAUCCUCACUAACUUUUGAGGGGUUUUCACGGCUCCCAGAAAAGGUGCGCAUCAAAAUCUGGAUAUAUUCUCUACCUGGGCCACGUCUUGUCCGCAUGGUUGGGUAUCUUGGCAGCGAGAGGAUACUAUCUUCAGCAUUGUCUCACCCUUUUCAUCUUCUUCAUGUGAACCGCGAAUCUCGCAAAGUCGCUCUCACGAAAUACUGCGUUCUCCGAGACUUGUCUGUUGUUCCGGUAUACAUCGAUCCAAAGAUUGACCUUUUAUGCUUCCUCGAUUUUGAUCAAUUCCGUAACUUUAUCAGAGAAAGAGUCCAUAAGGUUCACAAGGGGCCACCGGUGAUAGAUAAAUUUGUUGUUUUUGGUAUCGCAGAGACAAAAGAGCUGGAUGCUCGAGAUCGAAUUGAAGAUGUUAUGGACGCUAGCUACUCUGCGAGGUUUAUAUAUCCUGAUCUGAAAAAGGUCAUCUUCGUUUUGGAGAAAGAUCAAGUCGAAAAGCAAUUGGCACAAACCCUUGAGAACAAAGAGAAGAAAAGGAAGAUAUAUGAAGUGCUCAAAGGGAAAUUUGGCGAUCGCAUACCUUUGGAUCUGCAGGUGGAUUUCUUAACCAUGGAGAGUCUUGUCCUACAGUAUAACGUGGAGACAGAUUCUGAGCUGGGAGCUUAGAUGUAUGCUAUUUGAUCGUUAUUAUGGCUAUUUAUGAGUCAAAAUGAGACUCAAAUGUUCCACAUGGGCUCUUCAUAAUAAUCAGUCACGCCUUUGUGAAGUCAUUAAUCCGCGCAGCAUUCCUCCGGCCCAACAUACACUUCAAGUUCUUUAAUAAUUCAA